UCUAAUUCCUAUAAAACCCUCCGCCUGGCACCUUCACUCCAGCGACUCUGCAACAUUUUUGGCUUCGAUCCAUUUACAUAUUAUACGUAAACUGUUACGCUAGGUAGUUCUAAACUACAAAGUUCGAGGGUUCUGUUUUUUUCAUUGCAAUGUUCUCUAAACAGGCUUGAAGCUGAUAACGGAAUCAAAGCACUGGAUAAUGGCUGUGAUGGGUAAGGCAAGAGAAGCAGGACUUCCAUUGAUGAAGCUGGUUAAGUUGAGAGGGAUGCCUAUUUUGCAGCAAUUGCAUUUAGAGGAACGGCUGCUUCGAACCAGUUCAGAUAAUUGGUGCCUUAUAAAUGAUGGAACCAGUUCCCCUACCAUCGUGAUGGGCUUGUCUGGGAAACUUUCAGAACUUGUUGAAGUCAAGCCUGUGUUGCAAGAUCAUAUACCUAUCAUCAGAAGAUUUACUGGGGGAGGAACUGUUGUUGUUGACCAAAAUACUAUAUUUGUUACGAUGAUAUGCAAUAAAGAUGCUGUUUCAAAUGUGCAACCCUUUCCCCGCAGUAUCAUGUCCUGGAGUGGUUUGUUAUACAACGAUGUUUUUGAAGGUCUUGCUGAUUUCCAUCUCCGUGAGAAUGAUUAUGUGUUUGGUGAUCGCAAGUUUGGUGGUAAUGCUCAAUCUAUAACCAAGAACCGGUGGAUACACCACACAUCUUUUUUAUGGGAUUAUGAUGUCAAGAACAUGUCUUAUCUCAAGUUACCGGCAAAGGCUCCUCAGUACCGAUUAACAAGGAGUCACUUGGAUUUUGUUUGUCGAAUGAAGGAGUAUUUGACAAGAUCAGAAUUUAUAGAGAGAACUAUUAAGGCUAUUGGAGGUCAAUUUUCUGUGAAAUCCAUUAGCUCGGAGUCCAUAGACGUUCCCUCUGUUUCUGAAUAUGUUCAUACCACUAGGCUUCUCACAAACCAGGAAAUUCAGGAAGCUUGUUGCACUAUUCAAACUUGAAAAAAUAGUUACAUUGCAUUCUCCAAUGGGGAAUAAUUUUUAAGGUAUAGUAUGUAAGAAGAGAGAAUUCUUCAAUGGGGAAAUUGAGGAUGCUGCUGUGGACAUUGCAUUCCCCAAGUUUAAUGCUGAUAAAAUUUGACUGCUACGUUCUGAUAUUGUUGUCUAAUUAAUUUUUUCGUAUGACCAAAUUGUGUCUUUUUCUUUUGGCUAGAAUAUUUCAUAUUCUUUAAGUGAAAGAUAUAUUAUUUUUUUUA